GCCAAAUACAUUAUUAACAUUGAUCAAGGUUAGAGCACGAGUUGGAAAGCAGUUCAGUUGGAAACACGGGGAAGAAAACAAGAACCCUCAUCAAAUUCAGUUGCUUGAUAUGGAUGCAGCUGGUGCAGGAGGCGACCAGAAUAUGGAACUUACAGGAGACAAGUUAAAAGAAUUGACCAAUGCUAUUGAGGAUGACGAUGAUGACGAAGAAUUGGAUGAGACUUUGGUAGAGCGAUUGAUUGGAUUAACAGAGAUGUUUCCAGAGUCUGUCAGAAAUGUGGUUUGUAAAGCAGGAUCUCUCUCAUGGAAAGCCACACAAUGGGGAUUUUCCUUCAGCAAGAGUGCAUUAUGGGUAGCAAUGUCUGCUGGGACAAUACUGGUUUUACCAGUUAUGUUUGAAAAUGAAAGAGCGCAAAUGCUAGAUCAACAAAAACAACAGGAAAAACAGAUUUUACUGGGACCUCACUCUGCAAUGUCUGGGACAGGGAUGUACAAUCAAGGAAUGAUGCCCCCUGGCAUGGUCCCCCCACCCCCAACUAUGGCCCCUCCUACUCCAUCCUCAUCUUAACGGAGAAUGUCUGUGAUUAUUUGUUGUGUAAAGGAUCAAACUUUAUUGUAUAUAUGUUUAGAUUGAGUGUGUUCAAAGUGUGUGAGUAAUCAUCGUGAUAAAAAUAUAUAUAAAAUUUAA